AUGCACCCGCCGCCGCGCUGCGACCGCUCCACCGCCUGCCACCCUGAACCGCAGGUGGUGUUUGUGGCCACCGAAUGCGGGCCCUGGUGCAAGGUGGGCGGUCUGGCAGACGUGCUGGCCGCGCUGCCGCCCGCGCUGGCAGCCAGGGGGCACGAGGUGCUGACCGUGGUGCCGCGCUAUGCGCCCUACACGGGGGUCGAGCCGACCGGGGUCAGCGUGCCCCUGGAGCUGCCGCCGCUCCCCGUGAGGAAAGCGCGCCCGGCGGCGGCGGCGGCAGCGUCAGGCGCGUCAGGCGCCGAGCAGGCAGGGAGCGGCGACGGGGAUGAGGAGAUGGCGGAUGCGGCGGCAGAGGCUGGCGGGGAGGCGGCCGCCGCUCAGGACCCAGCAGCAGCGGCGGCGGCGGCCGAGGAGGGACCCGGCUGCGGCAGCGGCGGCGGCGGUACAGGCGGCGACGCGCUUCCCGCCCACGCCGACCUGUGGCAGUGCCUGCAGGGCGGCGUGCGGCGUCUGUUUGUGGACCACCCGCUCUUCACAAGUGCUG